AAAAUAAUGUGGAACAUCUGGCCACAAUAAUUCUCAGCUCCUUGAUUCUGCAUCGUUCGGUAUUGUGCUCUCCACACGUCUCUCCUACUGCCGUAGCUCUGCCGCCGUCACCGGCUGGAAGCCUAUUUUACCAUUCCCCCCUAUUUAUAAGUAGCUCCUGGGAGAAACUAAUGGAUUUCCUCUUCAAGCCACUGAAUUUGGAACCUUCUGAUUGUUCCUUCAUCGAGCAGGAUAUUAAAAAAUGUCCAUUCUUGAGGAAUAUAGAUAAGCCAACCAACUUUUCUUUUGCUCCUCUGAGUAUUCCUGUUCCUCGUAAAGGAGCCAAAGGCCCAAUUUUUGAGGAUGGUCCCAAUUUUGACUUGGCCUUCAAGCUUUUUCAUGGGAAAGAUGGGGUACUUCCUCUCCCUCUGGACGUUGACAAACUGGAAACUGUGCCUGUGCCAGAGUUCAACCGUUUGGAAUUAAAAGCAGCAUCUAUCAGCAUGUCAGCAUUUGGACCUGGAGGGCCUUUCGGUUUUCAUUCUUUCUUUAGAAAGAAACAGAAUAAGGAAUCUGAGUCAUCCAGAAAACAAGAGCAUUCUUCUAAGGGUGGUUCCUCAGAACACGAGGCACUUGGAACCGAGUGGCUAACAACAGGAAACUGUCCACUGGCCAAGUCUUACAGAGCUGUAAGUGGCAUUCUUCCACUUGUGGCGACAGCUCUUCGACCACCGCCUGGAAUCAAGCUCAAGUGUCCACCCGCGGUAAUUGCAGCCAGGGCAGCCCUUGCCAAGACCACCCUAGUUAAAACCAUUCGUCCACAGCCAUUACCUGCAAAAAUACUUGCCAUUGGCUGCUUGGGCAUCGCAGCCAACAUUCCAUUAGGCGUAUGGAGAGAACAUACCCGAAAGUUCUCACCCUCAUGGUUCACUGCAGUGCAUGCUGCAGUCCCCUUCAUAGCCAUGCUCAGGAAGUCUGUCUUGAUGCCUAAAACUGCCAUGGCAAUAACCAUUGCAGGUUCUAUCCUUGGACAGAUCAUUGGCUCUCGGGCGGAGCGUCUUCGACUGAAGGCCAAGGCCGAGAACGCCAAGCUUGUUGCUCAGCCCUCACCAGCAGGUUUUUCGGGUUAUGGUUCGGUCCAGGCGGAUGCACUGACUGCUGGUCAUUGUGGGAAGCAGGGAGGCGACUGGGAUCCACUGGCCAAUAAGAUUGCCAAGAUCUCUUCUCCACCACCUAGUGUGUGUUUCUGAACACACCAAUGGGUUCUUACCUAAAUAAUCGGCUUAAGUAUAUUCAACCAGAUUCACUAUAUAAUGUCUAUAAUAUAUUAAUGUGUGUAUAUAAGACGUUAUGUAAAAUCUGGAAAUAUAAUGGCUUGCAUCU